AUGGUCGUCUUUCUCCUGCUCGAGCUUCUGGUUGAGCUCUACGAUUUGCUGCUCCAAGUGUUGGAUGAGUUGUUGUUGGGCGUCCAUAGUUACUUCGCUAUGUCUAUCGUUACCAACGAUAUCCCCGCUCAACCCAUCCACCAGGACAAACUGAUCUAUCUCACCUUCUCGCAACUCCACCAUCUCGACCGUUUGUGUAUCAAGUAUUUAUGUCGUUCGAAAAAAGACGACGUCAUCGUUUCCAUUCCAGUAGCAAGUAUAAUGAGAAAAACUAGAGUUCCCAGGGAGACUGUCAUCAGGUUCUAUCAGGAACGCCGUAGGGCAUGGAGAAACGCUCUACACUUGAAGAAGGACGAGUCAAAUUUGAAUUUGUCAUCGGGACCAAUUUUGAAAAUUUCGGAAGGCACCGAUGAUGAGACUGUUACACUGACUUUUGAUCAACUUCAUCGAUUGGGACACAUCUAUGAAGAUAGUUACGAAAAAGGCAACAGAAAGUUCCAGUGUUCCGCGGAGGAGAAAGAAAUCGUCGAGAGACUGGAAACUCUGAAACUAUCCGUAGAAGACCUUUAUACUUUCUUCUUGACACGUCGGACAUUCGAGAAAUCGGAGGCACGUCAGACAUUCGAGAUAUUGGAGGUAAUUGAAGAGACUGACGAAAAUGGAGAUGUCACGGUGGCGGAUCUGAAGAAGCAAUUGGAGGAACAGGAGAAAGAGCUCAAUGAGGCAAAAGCAAAACUGAAGCACUGCUAUGUUUCUAUAAAAUCUAAAAAGCUGGAAAUCGAGUCGUUAAAGAAGACUGUCGAAACAAUUACCAUCGAGAAUAACGGUAACCACCAGGACUUGUGCUUCGAGAAAUCUAGUCAUGCUGAAACAAAAACUGAGCUAAAAGCAGCCAAGGACUCUGUCAAAGCCAAGGACCAGGAAAUCGAGUCGUUGACGAGGACUGUCAAAAAUAUUACAAUCGAGAAAGAUACCCUCUUGUGCACAGAGAAAUCUAGGCAUGCUGAGACAAAAUCCACGGACCACGAAAUCGAGUCGUUGAAAAAGAAAAUCGGAAGAAUUACAAUUGAGAAAGAUGCUCUCUACGAAAACUUGAGCUCUGAGGAAGAGAAGCAUGCUGAGACCCGGAAAGGACUGUGCAACGCCUAUAUUUUCAAUGCUAAAGUCUUGGAAAAUCUCAAGGAAACAACCCAAAGUAUGAAGGAUUCUGAGGAGAAGAAAGUCAACGACCUGGAAUCUAAGCUCCAAGAGAAACAGGACGAGCUGAACAACACUGUGAAACUUUAUUGGAAUCUGGAGAAGAUUAUUACGGGGCAGCAUUGUGAAACUCUUAUGGAGAAGAAGUAUGGGGCGGAAAAAAAGGCGAUGGAGAAGAAGAUUCAGGAGUUGGAGGAGAAGUUGAAGACGCAGAAUUCGAUUUUCAAGAAGAUGCAAGAUGUUAUUUAUAAUUGA